UUGGUUUAGCUGCUUUCCGCGACCCGGCGUGAAUCCGCCGGACGGAAAGCACACGAGUGGAAGCGAGUUCUUGAAGGUGGAGCGGUUCCUCGAAAGGCCACGCCGACCCCUUCCACCUCGCAGCCCAUUCUCCGCCUCAAUGGAUUCAAGGGGAGAGGAGGCCGGCGUGAAUCCGCCGGACGGGACACGCCCGGACAUCUACGAGCUCUUCUGCCAUUACAACGCCCUCUACUUCCGCGACGCCCUCGGCGCCUGUGCCCUCUCCUGGGCCUCCUCCUCGCCUUACCCCAGCUAUGCUGCCUACUGUCACUAUUAUGAUGGUGGCGGUUGUGAGAUACACCUGUCUAAGCCCUUGUUGAAGACCUGCACUGCUUCUGAUCUUAAAAAUGUUUUACUACAUGAGAUGAUUCAUGCUUUCCUCUUGAUUGAGUACAAUAACAAGGAUCACAGUGACCAUGGUCCAAGUUUCCAGGAUAUGAUGAAUUCAAUAAACUCCAACUCGGUUAUAGAUCCUCAGAGACCGAUAGGAGGAUACAACAUCACGAUCGAUCAUGGGUUUCAGAAGGACCAUAAUGAUGAUGGAGUUCACCAAUGGAUUUGUGAACUGUGUGGUGAGGUAAUCUUGUCAACCACAAAUAGAGGACCUUCAGCCGAUGACUGCAUCGAAAAUGUGGGGCCUGAUGCAUUUUGUGACAACCCAUUAUGUCACUGGCAUAGCCAUAACAAGCAGUGCAGUGGUAGAUACUCUAUAUGUGGGCCACCUGAAUGUUACGGUGACAAAACUAGUUCAAGAGGCAAACAAGAGUGUCAUGAGAACAGGACUGAAAAAUUGCCCCAUCUAGCUGGACAGACCAAACAAAGAUUACAUAAAACAGGACAAAAGAAGGAUAAGCACAAUGGCCAAAAAAAUAAUUUAGCCAAGUAUUUGCUGCCUUCAGGUGAUGCAACUCAAAGUUCAGCGAAUACUUCUUCCUCUAGAGAUGAUUCUUGCAAGGAAAUUAAUUUUGAACAGUUGAAACGCGACCCAGAAAUGCAGUGCGCUGUGGCAGCAGGAGGCCGUAAACGAAGAAAAAAAUGUGUUUCCAAGAAGCAUGUUUCUACUCGCCCAAAAAGAAGAAAGCUGACAAGAUGUGACAACAAAUGCACAGUUGUAAUUGAAUGGUUGGGCUUAUUCGAAGACGAGGAAGCUGAAGAUGACUCAGAACCUCUGGUAAAUAAAAGGUCAGAGAGGAGGAAGAAGCAAAAGCUACUGAGUGGUAUUAAGGAUUGAAAUGCGCAAACUGAGGUUAUCUAUCAUGCCACCUCCUUUCAGAUGGGUUGCAGCAGAGAUGACAGAGAUAAACAUGCUAUAGAUGAGCAAGAGAGACAUCUGAUUUUGAGCAACAAUCAUCUGACAGGAAGCCUUGAAAUACAUCCUAAGGACUGGCAUACCAUGAAAGCUGCAUCCAAAGAUGAGAUUGGUUGCCUUCCCAACCGGCUGAUGAUGUGCUCCCAGAAUGCAGUGUAACUGGAUAUAUGGAUGUUAAGAUGUACGAUGACUCCUUCGAAAUCACUGGUUAUUGUGGAUAUCUCAGAUGGCUAGUGGCAAAAAUUUCCUCCUAAUUUGUGGUA